CCAUUUGCACCACAUGGUGUGUGCUGAACAACAACAUUGGCUGCAGAGAAAUGACUAGAAGGGCCUGAAGAAGUUGUUUAGGCAACAGUCUGACUCAAUCUGCACUACACCCUGCUGAGGAUACACGUGAAGCAGCGUGCUCACUGAUUGUUUGACAGCAGCAGAUCCAGGUAAAGGCUCUAACAACCCUGCACGGCUUCACUAAAACUGCUAACUGAACGGCUAGCUUGUUAGCUUCCCGCCUGCUUAUUGGGUAAAAUGAACGGCUAUCAGAAUGGUUUCCAUAACAACUCGCACAUUGAUGAAGACUGCUUCCUCUUCACGUCUGAAUCAGUCGGAGAGGGACACCCCGAUAAGAUUUGUGACCAAAUCAGUGAUGCUGUGUUGGACGCACACCUCAGACAAGACCCGGAUGCCAAAGUAGCUUGUGAGACUGUUGCUAAGACGGGGAUGAUCCUGCUGGCUGGGGAGAUCACCUCCAGAGCCAGCGUUGACUACCAGAAGAUUGUCAGGGAAACAAUCAAACACAUUGGGUAUGACGACUCCUCCAAAGGUUUCGACUAUAAGACCUGCAAUGUGCUGGUGGCUUUGGAGCAGCAGUCCCCCGACAUUGCUCAGGGCGUUCACAUGGAUCGCAAAGAGGAGGACGUGGGAGCCGGUGACCAGGGUCUGAUGUUCGGAUAUGCCACUGAUGAGACUGAGGAAUGUAUGCCGCUCACUAUUGUCCUGGCUCACAAACUCAAUGCCAAGAUGGCUGAGCUGCGCCGAGAUGGGACGCUGCCGUGGCUCCGGCCUGAUUCCAAAACUCAGGUGACUGUUCAGUACAGACAGGAUCGAGGCGCCAUGCAGCCGCUGCGUGUUCACACCGUUGUGGUGUCCGUGCAGCACGAUGAGGCUAUCGCUUUGGACGAGAUGCGCAGAUGUCUGAAGGAGCAAGUGGUGAAAGCGGUCAUUCCUAGUGGCUACCUGGACGAGGAAACGGUUUACCACAUGCAGCCCAGCGGACGCUUUGUCAUCGGAGGACCACAGGGUGAUGCUGGUCUUACUGGCCGUAAAAUCAUAGUUGAUACUUACGGGGGCUGGGGUGCCCAUGGAGGUGGAGCCUUUUCUGGGAAGGACUACACCAAAGUAGAUCGCUCUGCAGCCUAUGCUGCCCGCUGGGUGGCCAAAUCUCUGGUGAAAUCAGGGCUCUGCAAGCGGGUGUUGGUCCAGGUAGCAUAUGCCAUUGGGAUUGCCCAUCCACUCUCCGUCUCCAUCUUCCACUAUGGGACGUCCGAGAAGAGCGAGAAGGAGCUGCUGGAAAUUGUGAUGAAGAACUUUGAUCUUCGUCCAGGAGUUAUCGUGAGGGAUCUUGAUCUGAAGAUGCCAAUCUACCAGCGCACAGCCGCUUACGGGCACUUUGGUCGAGACCUCUUUACAUGGGAGGUGCCAAAGGCUCUGAAAUACUGAACCCCUUCCUCUAAUCUUUAAGCGGGCAUGAGGUGUACUACAGAUAAACCUGUGCCCGUCUACUCCCUCCUUCAUCCUCCUCCCUCUUCCUCCUCACACACACAGCCACAUCAGCGCAGCUUCUACGUCAUGAAAACCAUUCCCUUUCUCCACCUGUUAGUAUUGUACACAUCUCUAUUAAACAUAAAGAGUAUUUGAGUUGCAUGUAUGAAGUUGAACAAUCAUGCUGGAAGAAUUGCGCGUACAGAUUCGAGCAGUGCUGCCAGCUUUUGUUUAUCUUUUAUUCUGGCAGCUCGCCACAUUUUGAAUCAAUGAUGGCCAUCUAUAUCCCUGAUAAUGCUAGUUAAGAAUAGAAUAACUUAAUCUCUGCGGUAUGUAUUUAAAUUGUAUUUCUAGAAGAUUUCCAUAGUGAUCCAUAUGGGCAUUUGCUUCAUGGUAUGCAGGAUAUUUCUUUUACUAGCUUUUAUCUGGAUCUAUUCAAACUGGAUCUCACUGUAGUGAUCAGUGGCAGUUGGCGUGCUCAGUUUUUUUUCAUGUAAUUUCCCCUUACUGUGUUCGGUAACAAGCAGUGAAGUAUUGCAAAAAGUCUCUGCUCUGUUCCCCUCAUAACCUCACCCUUUGUUUGUGUAAUUCUGCUGGCACAAACAGGAUCAAUCACAUGACUUGAUUUGAUAUAAAAUCAGAUCAUUUUCUCAUUCGUGCUGUCCCUUCAGGCCAUUUUCUUUCUGACGAUUUACAGAGAAAUCAGAAGCUGCUUGUGGUUUUGUUGGACUGCACCAUAAAAUCGCUACAUUUUUGUAAUUUAUUUUCUUGGUUUAAAUCUCAUGUGAAUGUUCCACAUUUUUUUUUAAACUGUUUCAAUGUUUUCAAGAUAAAGGCGUGGUACACUACACACCCUGCCUGAGCCGACUCUGGGUGUAGCUACAGAGAAACCCAGCUCAGUCGCCUCCAGGCAGGAGCUGCCUUUAUUCCAGGGCAGCAUCUUGUUUUAUAAAAUGGCUUUGACUACUGUGGGACAAGUAAGGAUGGACAGCUGAUUAAUGUGUGCCACAAUAUUUCUUUAUCUAAAUGGUGGCUCCCUGACACCUUUUAGUCUAUUCACUGGAAUAACUUUACCUCUCAAAUAUUUUUUUAACAAUAUGUUUGCAUCCUGUUGCUCCUCCACAGACGAGACAAAUGCUUGGUUGGUGUUGUACAGAGAAACCAGCCUGUUUACGUUCUCUCCUGUGGUUGGGUAACAUUAUUUACUGUUCAAUAAUUUGUAUAACUUGAUGAAGUUUCAGUGUGGAUGCUGAAUGUAAAAGUGCCUUUUCUCUUUUGCUGCAAUGUCCUUAUCCCUUUCCCCCCAAAUAUCCUACUCCUUGCCUAAUUAAAUCUGACACGAUCUUCUAAACUGA